AACGUUUGAAAUCGGUGGGGAAAGAGGAAAAGUAAUGCUGCUGCGCUCCGCGUGCUUGUGUGUGCGAUAUUUCAAAUGUCUUAGCGCCGCCGCGAAAUAAAUACGUAAACUAAAGUGUUUGUGUGCCAAAACCGAAAUGCACUAAACGCAAGCCAAAUCCCCGAAAAGCUGUUAAAACAAAACUUUAAAAUUCCCAGUCAGAAGUUAAUUUUUCGUGUGUUCCAAUACAUGUUAAAAUCGAAAUUCAAACUGAAAAGUUCGCGUUAAAGCCAAGCAAACGAUGUACGUGCAGCAAAAUGCCACUCCUCAACAUGGCAAUGCGAAGUAAACCAAAUCACCAAGAACCAGAGCCCCAUCAUCAUCAUGCCAACAAGAAGCUGGAGGCCCUGCCCAUCAUAGUCGAGCAGGAGGCGGACGACUAUGGGCAAACCUUCGAGAAUGGCAACCAGCUGAAUAGCACCUUUAACGCAGACGGAGUAGCCGGCAGUUCAUCGACCUCGUCGCUGGUUGAGAGCAAGUCGAGCAGCUCCCUGUGCUCCAACGCCUCCGAGGACUCCCUGAACGCCACGCUGAUCACCAGCCAGCCGUCCAACUCCAGCAAGCACUUUGAGAACACCUACAAGUUGCUGGGUCAGCACCUGGACACCAAUUGCCAGCGCUCGGCGGACAGGCGGCAGCAGCUCAAUGGAUCCGCCAGCGAUUUCGAUAGCUUGUCCAGCUGCUCCUCCAUGUCGGCGAUUGUCAACGGGAUUGAGCCACCGCCCACGCGCCUGGAACUCGAACUGGAGGCAGUGGAUCGCAUGCGCUGCAUUGUGCAGCAAAUGAAGUCGGGGCCAAAGUCAAUGGAUCCACCGCUGGGCGUGUCGGCUCCCCACCUGGCCCUGCUGCACGACUUCGCCUCCAAGGGACAGCGAAAAAAGGAGACCAGUGUGCCGGGCACACCAGUACCCAGUCCAAUAACGGGCGUGCUGGAGGCGCCGCACUUCGAGUUGCCACAGGAGCUGCUGCAGGCAGCCAGCAGCUGGGAGGUCAUGUACUACGCCUCCAAGAACGUCGAUGGCAAGAACUGCCUGAAGGUGGUGCGCAGUCUGCUGACGAACAAAGUUCUAUGCGGCAACCGCGUUAGCCAGAUGACUCGGGCGUACGAUGACAUUGAGGCCGUGACGCGACUGCUGGAGGAGAAGGAGAAGGACCUGGAGCUGACCGUGCAGAUUGGCAAGGAGCUGCUCACCCAGAACAAUGCACUUGAGGCACGGGUCGCGGAUCUGGAAACCGAUCUCAAGGCCUCCAACGACGACCGUGCCCAGCUGGUUCACGAGCUGCACAAGAAGAACGAGCUCAUCUCUGUGCUUACCAACGAUGCAGACGAUGGCACAGAUACUGACACUCCCACCAUGUCGAAGUCUAUAACUUUAGAUCUACUGCAGCGCAAGGUCAACUCUCUGCUCGACGAGAACAAGUCACUGAAGUCCGAGGCCACCCAACUGGCCCACCAGACGGACGAGGUGGAGGAACACGAGCGCCAGCUGAUGGCCGAUAUCAGUGCUCAGUUAAGCGACGCCAACUCGCAGUACGACAACCUCAGUUUGGAGUUGGAACGGCAGCGGGAGGAAAACCGGCUGCAACAUGACCAGAUCGUGAACCUGACGGCUCGCCUGGCGGAGGCGGAAAUGCGGCUACACCAACUGACGCAAGACAACGACGAACAUCUCUCACUGCUGCACGUGACCAAAGAAAACCAAAAUGCUUUGGCACUGGAACUGGUGGAGUUCAAGCAGCGUUACGAAGAGGUGCUCGCUCUGCUUCACUCUGCUCAGGAUCAGCUGAAGCAGCAGCGAAAGCGGUCGCAGCCACAGGCCAGGAGCUCAUUCCUCGGCGGCCUUGGAACAAGUGGUGCCGGCAUGGGCGGUGGUCUUUUCCCGCCGGAUUCGCUGCACUGCGAGCUUAUGGAAUCGUCACUGUACUCGGAGAACAGCCUAGACUCUGGCAUAUCGGGCGACAGCCAGCGAUCGGCGGAUCGCAUAAGCCGCAUGAUGAUGCACAUGCCGUCCGGCGGCAUGAGCUCGUCCACCAUGGGAGGUAGCGUGUACGCGGGAGCUGGCAAUGUGCCGCCUUACAAGCGGGUGUUCGACACAGUGCGAUGUGCCGGCAAGAGCGGUAACUACAUGGACAGCGGCAACGUGUCGAUGACCCAACUGGGGGCUAUGUCGAUGAGCAGCUCUUCGGGGCCGCGCAUGGCUUCGAUGGCUUAUCCAGCGGGCUCCUACUAUCGUGGCGGUAGCAAUCAAUCGCUGGGAGUUAAAACUCUGUCCAGCGAGAGUCUCAACUCCCAGUCAGAUGACGGCUAUCCAGCCCAGCCCUCUGGUGUGCCAGGAGCGCCCGGCGCCAAGGAGCUGGAGGCGGCUCUCAAGAGGCUGACGCCGGCUGAGGUCUUGGCCCGCCGCGCUAUGUUGUCCUAUGCGCCGGCUGGAACCUAUAACUACGACGAACCCAUGGGUCACGGUACGGGUAACGUCCGAAACUCGGACCUACCGCUGGGCGUUCGCACGCCAGACAGUAUCAUGUCCACCGGCUCUUCGGGAAUGUCGGGCUCCACGAAUCACAUGUCCGCCUCGAUGACGCACCAGUGGCGCCUACCCGAGAAGCUGCAGAUCAUCAAACCCAUGGAGGGAUCGCAGACAUUGCACCAUUGGUCGCGCUUGGCCACGCCCACGCUCAGUGGACUGCUGGACGAGCGUCCCGGCGUGACGAUCCGUGGUGGUCGUGGGCUGGACGAUCUGGGCAUGCAGAUCUACACGCUGUCGGAUGUUGAGGAGGACGUAAGUGAUGAUCUGCCCGGCAAACAGUUCGAGGCACCGGGCUGCACGUUCACCUACACCAACAGCAUGGUCAUGCAUCCGGACGACGGUUUCGUUAACGAUCUGUCAUUCCUCUCGCAGUCGCAGAUGUCGUCCCGAAUGGCCUCCACGUCGACAUCACGACAACCCAGUUGUCCUGCAACACCACGUGCUGGACUGUCGCGCAAAAAUUCCUGCUCCACAUUUUCGGUGAACCUCGGGCUCGCUGGAAUGCUGAACGAGAGGGGCAUCAAGGCGGUGACGCCCAGUGCCCUCAACACGCCAGCCGGUCCCAACUUUUCUCCCACGGUGACGCCAUGCAACAGCCCAGAGGGAUCACCUCCUCGCGCCCAGUCGCCAGAGCCGCUCUUUGGACUGCUCUCGUCUGGUGCGGAUCUGAUCCGACGCAAAAUCGUAGGCGAUCAGCAUCAGCAGGCGCAACAGAAGCAAAGGAGCAGCCUUAGCAAGCAGCAGCAGCAGAAGAUCAUGCUGUCGCAUCUGGAAAGGCGGGCUCUGCGAUCGCUGAACCUGAUUGAGAAGGUGGAGAGCAUUGGACUGGAGAACAUAAUAAGCGCACAGAGAGGCCUUGGCUCUGGAAUCGCGAACCGCAGCAGCUCGCCCCUGAGCAGUGGCAGCCUGCAGAGCCUCCACACCAGCAGCAACAGCAUCGUGGACGAUAUACACUUCGAUCGGGCACAGAUCAAGGGUGUCCUGCAUCGUGGCCUAAAGUCGCCCACGCCCGCUGCCCCAUCAACAUCAGCUGCGGCGGCUGCAGGAUUAGCUAGAUCGACGAGCAGCAGCACGAGCGCUUACAACAGCGAUGACAGCGACGACCAGGGCUUGGUAAUGAAGAUCAAGCCGUCAAAGAGCGCGACACCCACAACAACAGCAGCAGCAGCACAAAGUCAGCCAAGUUCAGGGUCGAGUGCCCAGACGACGACAUCCAAUGGCACGGCGAGCGAAACGCGACUGAAGCAGAUGCAGCGCCAGAAAUCGCGCAGGCAACUAAAGAACGGCAUGGCCAACCAGAGGCCAGACCUGGGUACAAUUUCUGGUGCCGGAGGAGGCGGACGAGUGCGCCCUGAUCUGGGAAAGGUAGCCGACAGCGGCAGCAGCAAGCUCAGCACCACCAAGCGAAAUGAGGCUAAGCCUGCGGAGGAGGAAGAGGCGACACCACAGACCAUCACACAGGCGUUUGUGGGCUCAGUUAGUUCCUUGCUUUUUGGCCGCAAGGGCGGUUGGCUGUAAAACUAAUAGCUAAUCAUUCACAACCUUAUUCUUACGCUUGCUGGACUAUAGUUUACUUUUAAAGGGAUGGCAAGAUGCCUUUUGCGAGUAAAAUAACAUUUUUAUUUAAGCACUACGCGAGAACAAGUUGAAUAACGAAAACGUAAUGUAAUCGUGUGAUGUACGUUUAGUUUUAUUUUUUUGUUUAAAAACCCGCAUAAUGCCUGUCAUCGCCACCAUAAGCAACACUGGAAGAAGGUUUUAGUGUUUGUAGCUGUGAUUUGUAAAUACAUAUAGAGAAAUGUUUAAAUUUAGUAGUUAUUAAUCGAGUACUUCGCAUAUUAUUAUUAUUUUUGCUUCAAAUGACGGCGGCAAUGUAAGAACAAAACGAUGGCCAGUUCGUUAAAAAACCGAGUUCCAAAGCAGCUAUUUUUAAUUUAAACUACAUUUUGCCAAUUUUGUAUUUAUUUUCCCUGUGUUUAUUACCACUUAAACGAAAACGAAACUAAGUAUACAUUUAUUUUUAUGAUUUCGUUGUGUAUAGGGUCAAAGCAGGUGCAACGUUGUAUAUAGAAAGAACAAAAUGAGAGAAAUCAAUCUGUAACUUGAAUGUGGUUAAGCAAAGAGGUACAUAUACAUAUAUUUUUUUACACGCGUAUAUAGUUUGCGUUUUUCGCUUUCCACACAAGAGACGUAACUCCGUAGCCCCACUUAAUACUGUAUCACAAAGGUUAUAACUCAAAAUGCUAUUGCUUUGACUUAAAUCUUAUUUCGGUGCUAAUGGCGCCAAACGAAAAUACAUCAAUUAUAGCGAAAAACGAUUAUUUUUCUAGUCCUACACUGGGCGGGUGCUCGUUUGGCUAUGCAGAGCUUCCGAGCAUAGCUUCAAAACAGAGCGCACUUAGCCCGAGACACAAGAACUUAAGAGCACUGAACAAAUGUGUGAAGAAAUCCGUAUUAAUAGGUUCAUCGAUAGGGAACCGCAUCCACGAUCCAGUAAUAAACCAACCAACCAAGCAUUAGCAAUAAACGGACACAUGUUAUCCAAUCACUCGCGAACACACAAUAGCUCGCAGUUAAAGUCUAUUAGCAGGAUUCUCAAAUCAGAAGUCUAAAGUUGGCGAUCAGAUCAGUUACCAGUUACUUGUGUCAUUUUGACACACGAGUGGUUUUAAUUUGAAGAACGAAAAUAUCAUGGAUUAAGAAUAUAUCGAUUAAGAUCAAGAAAUAACAUAUGUUUAUUGGAGUUGUGCGCGUUUUUCGAGGAUUUUUGUUUAAUAGCAUUUCAACUGAGGAGUUGGCAUUCAAAGCUAAUCGAGUGCGUGCCCUAAAGCGUAAAUUAUACAAAAAUUUGGAAUACAAAAAGGAUUGUAAAAGUUAUUAGUUUUAAUUAUCAAUAUAUUUAUUUAUAUCUGCAAAAUAAAGAGAACAUCGUUAAAUACAGAUUGA